AUGUCGACUUCCGCGACAUGUCGUCCCCACGAAGAAGGCGUUUCCCCGCCCGACUCCCGUGGAUCGAGUGUUGAAGGACGAGGUCGCCUCGACAUCGAGAAGAGAAACACGACCGACUCUUCACAGGGGAACUGGGAGCAGGCCCGAUCGAAAGGGGCGAGACGCGCAGGGACAGCAGAACGCAGCGACGAGCGAGAAGAUCGUCCAUGUGAAGGAAUCGUCCAAGUGAAUGCGCGGGAAGGAAUCGUCCACGUGAAUGCGCGCGAAGGAAUCGUCCGCGUGAAGAUGACGUCCGUCCUCCUCCCCGUCCUCCUCCUCCUCUCGCUCCUGAACCCGGGAGAGGCGCAGACAGCCGCCAGCAUCAUUCCUCAGGGAUACGACAAGUCCAGGCCCCCAUCAAAGCCGGUGAACGUGGAGAUCGGCGUGUAUAAGUCUCAGGUGACGGACAUCGACGCUGCGAACCAGAAAGCGACGGUGGAGGUGACCCUGCGCGCCUACUGGGACGACCCCCGACUCAAGAACUCCGGCUCGGACUUCCGGACCUCGGACGAGGAAACCAUCGCCCGGAUCUGGCAACCCGACCUCUUCUUCGUCGCCGCCCUCGCCACCAGCGUCCAUCGGUACCCGUCCAACAACGAACUCCUCCUCGUUCAGUCCAACGGCACCGUGCUCCUCAGCAGGCGAUUCACGGUGGUGGUGACGUGCAAGGAGGUCUUCGCGGCGUUCUAUCCGAUGGAUGGCUUCAAUUGCUCGAUCGUCACGGAGACGUUCGCGAGCACGGCGGAAACGGUUCGCCUGACGGCGAGGGGAAUUUCUUAUAACAAAGACGGGGUGAAGAAUCAGGAAUUCUACGUUCCGAGGGCCGAGAUGACGACUCAAGAAAUUUCCAUCUCCACAGGGACGUAUUCAUCCGUUCUGGUGAGCUUCAUCCUCGCUCGGAAUCCUCAUCGGUACAUCGCGGCCACGUUCGUCCCUCUUUACAUGGCCGUCUUCGUCUCCUACCUCACCUUCUGGAUGAACAAGACCUCAAUGACCGUGAGGCUUCUCCUAAACGGAAUGAUGCUGAUUGCCAUUUUCGUGACGGCCCAAAACGCGCAGAACGUAAUGCACAAGACGACCGUCUCCACUGCGAUGGACUGGAAGAUCUGGAUGUCUUUCGCCUUCGUGCUGGCCUGCCUACUGGAGGGAAUCGCCCUGGAGAUCCUCGAGGGCAAGGGACUCUGCCGCGAGUUGAGCGGGAAUACGGAAUGGGCGACGGGAAGGAAGGGAGGGGACACGGUGCCCCUGGUGCAUUUCACUUCCUCUCCCCCCGGCGUCGAUUGGAAGCCUCCCUCUGAGUCUCCCCAUCCUCCAAACCAGGAGGAUGGAAGCGACGGGGCGUCGAGAAUAGACGAGGUCUUCCGAAUCGCCUACCCGGUCCUCUACCUGCUCUUCCUCGUCGUCUUCUGGAUCGCCUGCCUCGCCUGAUGGCGAGGCCGACCUGGCGGUGUCGGCGGCACGCGGGAUAUAUAUUUAAAGGGGGAAUUCCGGCGUCCCCUUUUUUUUGCGUGCUCGGUCGGAGGCAGAUGAGGGGUGGAAUGUUAGGUACUGAUACGUACCAAGACGUACGGGACCGAAUCCUUGUGUCCUUCGUGACGUGCUCCAUUCAUUAGCUUCUUCCUGUGAAUUUCGUUAGCGAUGAUUUAAAUGAUGCAGUUGUCUUUCGCGGCGAUAUCGGCGCCGCCAAGGGAAAAUAUAUACUGGAAUAGAUGGAGUUUGGGGUGACUCGGAAU